AUGGUCGCCUCUGCUAUCAGAAUGCGCACUCCAAGCGCUUCAUUCCUCUCAAAAGGCGCCUGCUCCUUGAGGCGACCGCAGGCCUCCUACAAAUUCACGGCCUCAAUCCAACACCAAUUGCCCGCCAUCUCUGCUCUUUCCCGCUUUUAUGCCUCCAAGUCUUUCCCUCCCCACACUAUAAUUAGCAUGCCUGCCUUGUCGCCGACAAUGACUGCCGGAAAUAUUGGAGCCUGGCAGAAGAAGGCUGGAGAUGGCCUCCAACCCGGUGAUGUUCUGGUCGAAAUCGAAACCGAUAAGGCACAGAUGGACUUUGAGUUCCAGGAAGAAGGUGUUUUGGCUAAGGUGCUGAAAGAUUCCGGCGAAAAGGACGUUUCCGUUGGCGCUCCUAUCGCUGUCUUAGUCGAAGAAGGUACCGAUGUUGCGGCGUUCGAAUCAUUCGGCUUGGAGGAUGCUGGUGAGGGUGCUGCCCCCGCCAAGAAAAGCGAAGAGGCCCCCAAGGAAGCCCCCAAGGCUUCGGAACCAUCCACACCUCAGCCAGAGGCUGGUGGUUAUGAGCCCGAAACUUCCGGCGAGAAGCUUCAGCCUAGUCUGGACCGCGAGCCUGCGAUUAGUCCCGCUGCUAAGGCAUUGGCUCUUGAGAAGGGCGUUUCCGUUAAGGCCCUGAAGGGUACUGGACGAGGUGGCCAGAUCACCAAGGAAGAUGUGGAGAAGUACAAGCCUAGCGUCUCAGCUGCCGGGCCUGUCUCUGAAGACAUCCCUCUUACGUCGAUGCGCAAGGUUAUCGCUAGCCGUCUUCAGCAGUCUUGGGGCCAAAACCCUCACUUCUUCGUCUCUACCACUCUGUCUGUCACCAAGCUUCUCAAGCUUCGCCAGGCCCUUAACGCCUCUGCUGAUGGCAAGUACAAGCUGUCCGUCAACGACUUCCUCGUUAAGGCUUGCGCCACCGCCCUCCUCAAGGUUCCCCAGGUCAACUCCAGCUGGGUUGAGGAGAAUGGCCAGGUUGUCAUUCGUCAGCACAACUCCGCUGAUAUCAGUGUUGCCGUCGCUACCCCUGCUGGAUUGAUCACUCCUAUUGUGAAGAGCGCGCAGGGUCUUGGCCUGUCUAGCAUCUCCAACCAGAUCAAGGAUCUCGGCAAGCGCGCUCGGGACAACAAGCUCAAGCCCGAAGAGUUCCAGGGUGGCACUUUCACCAUCAGCAACAUGGGCAUGAACCCCGCUAUUGAGCGAUUCACUGCCGUCAUCAACCCCCCUCAGGCCGGCAUUCUUGCUGUUGGCACUACGCGCAAGGUUGCUGUCCCUGCUGAGACUGAAGAGGGCACUUCUGUUGAGUGGGAUGACCAGAUUAUUGUGACUGGUAGCUUUGACCACAGAGUUGUCGAUGGGGCUGUUGGUGCUGAGUGGAUCAAGGAGCUCAAGAAGGUUGUUGAGAACCCUCUAGAACUCCUUCUGUGA